AUGCCUAAAACUCUUGGAUUCUUAUCUGGUGGAAAACAUGCUUCUGAACCAAAAUCUGCUGAAACCCCACAAAAACACUCUCCAAUUAAAUUUGAAACCUUACGCCGAAAUGUUUCCUCCCCUGUGCCACGAGGAAAUGUUGAAAAUAAGUUGCCAAACUCCUCGAUCCCCUCAGUUCCUGGCCCAUUAGCUUCUAAUAUGUUUGGUGGAAAAGGAAAAACUGAAAUGGAUUCAGAAGAAGACGAUUGGGAUGCAGAGGAUGACGAUGAGGAAUUUUCCAAGAAACCAAUUGGAAAUAAAGGUAGUAAACUUGAUUUUAGCCAAACCUGUAAUACUAAAUGAAGUAA